AUGCCUUCCUUCCUCAAGACUGUUGCAGCCAUUGCUGUGCUGGCCUCGGCUGUCACCGCUCAAUCCGAUACCACUCCUGUUACAGGCAAGCUGGGCGACGCUACUGUUCAGAAGAACAACCCCGCCGGUGUUGCCUACAUCGCCACCCUCAACCCUACCAGCAAGAGCAACAUCUCCGGCACUGUCCUCGCCCUCACUAGCUCUGACAAUGUCGGCGUUAACUUCCAAAUUGCCUUGACCGGUCUGCCUGCCGAGGGUGGUCCUUUCCUGUACCACAUCCACGACUACCCCGUCCCCAGCUCGGGCAACUGCACAGCCACUGGCGCACACGUGGAUCCCUUCUUGCGCGGCGAGGACCCUCCCUGCAACGCUUCUGCUCCUGCUACUUGCCAGGUCGGUGACCUUUCCGGCAAGCAUGGCAAGCCUACCAACAUGACCUUCUCAGCUACCUAUGUUGACCAGUACGUCUCCACCGUCGCCGGCAACGGCGCCUUCAUGGGCAACCGCAGCAUCGUGGUCCACUAUGCCAACAAGACCCGCAUUGCUUGCGCCAACUUCGUCGACUACACCAACGGCACUGCCGGUGCCAAUGCCUCGAGCUCGACCAACGGAUCCUCAAUUGCCUCUGGCUCAUCCACUCACAGUGGUUCCUCAUCCUCUACCACUGCCAGUGGUGGUUCCAAGACCAGCGGAUCCAAGACCAGCGGUUCUGCCAGCUCUACUUCAAGCGUUGCUGCUAGCACCGGCGCCGCCUCUCAGAUCCUGGCCAACGGCGCUCUUGCUGCUGUCCUCGGUGGUAUCGCUGUCCUUGCUCUGUAA